AUGGUCUCGACAAUCAAGGACAGUGUCGCGUCCGCGAGUGGUACUUCCGAUCUACACAACAUCUUCCCAUUCUUUGAGUUGCCUCGUGAGCUGAGAGACAUGGUCUACGACGAAGGCCUGGACGAUCACGAGAUGACGCUAAAAUGCGGUAUGAUGCUGCGGGCGAUGGCCGUGGCAAACACCAACUUCCUAUUGGUCAACCGCCAGUUCCAAGAGGAGUAUCAACAACGAGUACGCAAGACCGCAGCUCUCACUUUUCAAGACCGCGACAGGUUCCACUUCGAGACCUUCAAUCUGCCUGCCGGAGCCACUCGAGUCAUCUUCAUCGAGCUCAACAUAGCUGCCAUCGUCAGUCACAAUUUGACAGCAUUCCAAGGAGACCCAGUCACCCACAACCGCUGGGUCGCAAAAAUGCUGCAACAACAGCAAAAUCUCCGCGAGCUGUCGAUCAACAUCAACGUCGAUUUCUUCAGCCCGGGCUUCACCCCAGAGCACAUGCGGGACCAGCUGAACAGUUGCUUCUGGACGACACCAACUCAGCUUUCAGCACUUCACGUUCAUGACAUACAUCGUCGCAAGGGGCGACAACAUCAAAAGGAUCACUUCAACUUCAGCUAUCAGGAUAAAGUGGUCUUGAAGUGGUCGUCCGCGACUCGCAAGGUCGAGCUGGUGGAGAGGGAGCUCUAUCGACCAAUUGCGGGAGAGGUGACCGCCAAAGAGCGGGCUGGGCGAGGAGGGGCUGCAGCAGAUAGAUGCAGCCGAAGUUUUGGGCUGAUAAGCCAGAGAUCUCUAGAGUGA